UGAUACCAGGCGAUUGUUUCGGUGAUGACUCUGACACGAGGCGGAUGGCUUGAUUAGGUGCUGUUCGCGGUGGAUGGACGAUGAGGUGGGCGGUCGGCGGUCCGGGCUGCUCUUCAACGUGGUCGGCAACGUCCUUGGACUCCUGGUGUCCGGCGCGCGGUGGUACGGCUGGCCCCUCUAUGCCAUGGAUGACGUCCUCGGCUUGGCAGGUGAUGUCGUCUGGUUCCUCUCGGCGUUCGGCGGGGUGCGUCGCGACUCCAGUCUUGACAUUCUCGGAUGAGGGUCCAGUCAACGGCGGGAGUGGGUGCAUGGUUAUCGGUUAGCCGCUGGUUUUUUAUCCGAGCAACGGUGCGAGAAAUGGGAGUUCCUGUUUCUGAGACGUCAUCGACUGAGUGCUCUUCUGAUGUUUCAUCCUCCGGCUCUUGGGCUACCAACGUAUCCUCCACCAGAAUGCAGCUCUCCUCCAUCUGCGUCGAAGAUAAAUCAUCCAGUACAUUGGGAUGGAAAUCGGCGGAUGCGGCGGCAGAUGUGGAUGGCGGCGAACAAUCGGGUGAGAUGUCUUCGGUGUCCGACAGACUUGGAUUGACCUGGUCGUUUCCUGCCAUAGUUUGCGGAAAAAUAGCGCAACGAAAGUGUGCAGUGAAUAAACGUGAAAGUGUUGUGAUAUACAAAAUAAUUAAUAAGAAAUCCAAUAGAAAUUGUGAUAGCUUCGUAGUGAGUGAAAUACAGAAAAAGUGGUUUAGCAAUGUGUUCAGU